CAGUUCGGAUUGAUAAGACCAUUAGAAGACAAACAUUCUACGGACCAGCAUGUCACGUGCCAACGAGGAACGCAAGCUAAAGCAUCUUUUCGAUGGAGGCGCGUGGAAUGUCUACGAGCCAAACAUUCUCAAUUUGGGUGUCGGGGCUCCGGGAACUGACCUUCUCGAGUCCUGCUGCGAUAUCUUUCAGCAGGCCACCGAACAUUGUCUGCAAUAUGAAAAGAAGGAAAAUCAGUCGCUUAUCUUUCAGUAUGGACCCACAAAUGGUUGCUUCGAGGUGCGGCGUGAGAUAGCCACAUACUUCAGCGCCAUGUACGACAGCCCUGUCAACUGUGAGGAUUUGAUUAUUACGGCUGGCGCCACAAACGGCCUACAUUUGCUGCUGUCGACGUUGAUUGACUUCCAGGGCUAUAUAUUUGUGGAUGAGUUCACCUAUAUGAUAGCCCUGGAUAGCAUGAAGCACUUCACUAGUCUGACCAUCGUACCAGUCAAGUUGAAUGAUGAUGGCGUUGAUCUGCAGGAUCUAGGCGAAAAGGUGGCCAAGCACAAAUUCAGCUCUCAGAGCAAGGAGUUCUGGGGAAUGUACUACACCAUUCCGACCUAUCACAACCCCACGGGCAUACUGUUCUCGCCAGAGGUUUGCCGCGGCAUUGUCCAGCUAGCCAGGAAGUACGAUUUUAUUGUUGUGUGCGACGAUGUGUAUAACAUUUUGCACUAUGGCGAGAGGCCUGAGGCGCGUCUGCUUUCCUAUGAUGUUCGCUCAGAUCCUGAAUACGCCGGCCAUGUCAUAUCGAACUGUAGUUUCUCCAAAAUUCUUGGCCCUGGCUUGCGUCUGGGCUGGCUGGAGGUGCCGCCACGCAUAAGGCCCAUUCUGGAAGGUAGUGGCUUGGCCAACAGCGGCGGCUGUUUUAACAACUACACCGCCGGCAUUGUGGGUAGCCUGUUCAAGCUAAAUCUUGCUCAGAAGCAGAUAGCUCACUUCCACGAGACCUACAAAGAGCGAAUGCUUGCCACCACAGAGACACUCAGGGCGGAGCUGCCUAAGAGCUGCAAAAUGAUAAGCCCCAGUGGUGGAUACUUCAUUUGGAUACGCCUGCCGAAGACUCUAGAUGCCAGGAAAUUCCUCGAAUACAGUCUGGAGCACCAGAAGAUUGCGUUCAUAGCUGGGCCUCGCUUCGCGUCGGAUGGCGAGAGUGAAAAUCCCCACGGUUGUGUCGAGCGGCUAUGACAGCGAGAAGCCCCAAGGCGGCAGGAACAAC